AUGAAGCGAAUCUCAGAUUCGAAGAUGAAGAAGGCGAUGGUGGUGGUGAUAGGUACUGAGGACUUCGUGGAAGAUUUCAGAAAUCAAAUCUCUGUCUGCGCAUUGCAUGAAUAUGUUGAACUCGUCUCGGAUCUCAAAUAUUUUGCCAAACUUCACAAGAUAUCUCAUGCAGCUAGCCUUCAGUUCAGGUCGUGUAAAAACAUGCUGCGGAAAACAGGUGAACGGGCAGCGAGAACUGCUCGGUGAGCUCCAAUGCUUCCAUCAGAGGCAUUGAUCGUUAUGUCGGUGUAAAUGCUUUCUGUCAACAUACGUCCAAGGGAUGUUACCGCAGUUACUUGCGAUUGAUUCUCAGUUGAACCGUUGGCCCAGAUAGAGUAAAGUUCUCCACUCUGCCGAAUUCAG